CGCCCAUUAUAAGUUGUUGAGGGGUCCAGGUUUAUAUUGACGGGAGGAUGAAAGACCAAGUCUGCUGCGACGGUGAACCACCAACACCGCCCACAGCAACCAUCCCCUUAACCCCCAGUAUCAAGAAAUCCCCACUGCCAUGGCCCAGACUGAAGAGACACUCGGCAGCCUCGCCGCAAAGGUCGCCGAGCUAACCAGCACCAUCACCAACUACCUCAGCUCAGAGGGCCUACCCCAGCCCUCAUUCGCGGCCGAUGCUCCAGCCCAGUAUCCCGCCGUGCCCGAGGUCACCCAACCACGCCUGAAGCUGAUCCAGUCCCUUUCGGACAUGCUGCAUCUCGCCCUCGGCGGGAGAGACUACAUCUUCACCCAGAGCAUAAGCGCCCAGCACGACAUGGCCAUCCUAGACGUCCUCAACCAAUUCGACUUCUGGUCCGCCGUGCCCCUCAGCGGGUCAGUCACCCAAGCCGAAGUGGCAGCACGCACGGGUCUACCCGAGGACCUCGUGCGCCGCUUCCUCCGGCACGCCGCGACGAUGCGCCUCUUUGCCCUCGUCCCCGCCGGAGACGGCGACGGGAGCGGACGGGUGGCGCACACGGCUGCGUCGGCGUUCGUGGCCCGCAGCCCGGCCCACCGAGGCUGGAUCGCGCACCACCUCGAGGAGAGCCGCGUCGCGUGCACGCGCCUCCCCGACGCGCUGCGGCGGUUCAGCGUCGGGAGGGCGGGGGCGGCGCAGGAGCUGGGGGAGACGGCUUUUGCGCUUGCGUUUGGCGGCGGGGAGGGGGAUGGCGCGGGGACGGGUGUGACUUUCUGGGACUUCAUCCGGGAGGACGGCGAGGGGGAGAGGAAGGGGUUCCGGACGGGGAGGUUUGCGCAGGCUAUGCAGGCGGGGCGUGGUUCGUCGGGGGUGGACUUUGGGGGGCUGUUGAGGGGUGGGUUUGACUGGGAGGGCCUUGGGGAGGGCACUGUUGUUGAUGUCGGGGGUUCGUCGGGCCACGAUGCGGUCGUCCUCGCCCAGACGUACCCAAAGCUCAAAUUUGUAAUCCAAGAUCUACCACCGGUCGAGGAAGCGUUCAACGGCAAUGUUCCCGAGGAGUUGAGGCCGCGCAUCUCCUUCCACCCGCACGACUUCUUCACGCCCCAGCCCAUUGCGGCGGACGUCUACUUCUUCAAGGCCAUCCUGCACGACUGGCCCGACAAGUACGCCAGCAAGAUCCUCGGAGCGCUGGUCCCGGCAAUGAAACCGGGCGCGCGCAUCAUCCUGUGCGAGGGGGUGUUCCCGCCGACUGACAGUGAGGAGUGGCGCUCCCUGCCCUUGACGUCGCAGCGAACGCUGAGCGCGAUGGACUUGCAGAUGCUAGUCUUGUUCAACGCGAAGCAGAGGACGGUGGAGGAUUGGAGGAAGUUGGUGGCGGAUGCGGACAGUAGGCUGGAGCUUGCGAAUGUGUACCGGCUGCCUGGAUCUGCUUUCGGGUUGCUCGAGAUUGCCUUCCGCGGCUAAGGCAUGCCAGAACUAUCUAUCACUCAAGUUAAGAGGCCCGGGGGUUCGACAUUGUGCCUGCAUUAUUCCGCCAGUUCUACUAGAUACGU